GACCUGUCGAUCUAAACUUCUCAACUUUUAGGGUUUUAACUUUUCAUUUCUCCAUUCCCAAUUUUCAACUUCAGAUUCACUCUCUCUAUUACUCAGAUCUCCCUCCAUGGCAACAACAUCUGUUCAAGCUCCUCGUGCAUCCAAAACCGAAAGCUACGUCGAUAACAAGCGCAAAGAUGAUAUACGUCAAGCCAACAUCAUCGCUGCCCGUGCCGUUGCAGAUGCCGUCAGAACAAGUCUCGGUCCCAAAGGUAUGGACAAAAUGAUCUCCACAGCUUCCGGCGAAGUAAUCAUUACCAACGACGGUGCAACUAUUCUCAACAGAAUGGAAGUUCUUCAACCCGCAGCGAAGAUGUUAGUUGAACUCUCCAAAUCGCAGGAUAUAGUCGCUGGAGAUGGAACUACAACUGUUGUUGUUAUUGCUGGAGCUCUUCUCAAACAGUGUCUUAUCCUCUUAAACAGUGGUAUUCAUCCUACUGUCAUCUCUGAUUCACUUCACAAAGCUUCAGUGAAAGCUGUUGAUAUCCUUACUGCCAUGGCGGUCCCGGUUGAGCUUACUGAUCGUGAUUCGCUUGUGAAAUCUGCUAGUACUUCGCUUAAUAGUAAGGUUGUUAGUCAGUAUUCGACUCUUCUUGCUCCUUUAGCUGUGGAUUCGGUUCUUACUGUAGUUGAUCCUGUGAAGCCUGAUCUUGUGGAUCUUAGAGAUGUUAAGAUCGUUAAGAAGCUUGGAGGGACUAUUGACGACACUGAGCUUGUUAAAGGUUUAGUUUUCGAUAAAAAGGUUUCCCAUGCUGCUGGUGGUCCAACUCGUGUUGAAAAUGCUAAAAUUGCUGUAAUUCAGUUUCAGAUUUCUCCUCCGAAGACAGAUAUAGAACAGUCAAUUGUAGUUUCCGAUUAUUCGCAAAUGGAUAGGAUUCUGAAAGAAGAGAGGAACUACAUCCUCAGCAUCAUCAAGAAGAUUAAAGCCACUGGGUGUAAUGUGCUGCUGAUCCAGAAGAGUAUCUUGAGGGACGCGGUGACUGAUUUGUCUUUGCAUUAUCUUGCGAAAGCUAAGAUUCUUGUAAUUAAGGAUGUCGAGCGUGAUGACAUUGAGUUCAUUACCAAGACAUUGAACUGUUUGCCUAUUGCCAAUAUUGAGCAUUUCCGUGUUGAGAAGAUGGGUUAUGCUGAUAUGGUUGAGGAAGUUUCACUUGGAGAUGGUAAGAUUGUAAAGAUUACUGGGAUUAAGGAUAUGGGUAGGACUGCAACUGUUCUUGUUCGCGGUUCGAAUAUACUUGUUCUGGAUGAAGCGGAGAGGAGCUUGCACGAUGCUUUGUGUGUUGUGAGGUGUUUAGUGAAUAAGAAGUUUCUAAUUGCAGGAGGUGGUGCCCCAGAGAUUGAACUUUCAAGGCAAUUAGGUGCAUGGGCUAAAGUUCUUAAGGGUAUGGAGAGUUAUUGUGUGAAGUCAUUUGCAGAAGCACUUGAAGUUAUCCCGUAUACUUUGGCUGAGAAUGCCGGUUUGAAUCCAAUCUCUAUUGUGACUGAGCUUAGAAACAGGCAUGCUCAGGGAGAGAUAAACGCUGGUAUUAAUGUGAGGAAAGGGCAAAUCACAAACAUCCUUGAGGAGAAUGUGGUGCAGCCACUUCUCGUAAGCACAAGUGCAAUCACAUUGGCAACUGAGUGUGUGAGGAUGAUUUUGAAGAUUGAUGAUAUUGUUACUGUGAGGUAAACUAAAAAAAUUCCAUCUUUUGUUGCUGCUAUCUAUGGAUUGGUUUUUUAAUGAAUUUUGUCUUACCCUUCAUAAUUUAAUGUUUUUCUUUUGUUAUUGCAACUUCCUUUUCUUGUUGUUGUUAAAACUUAAUUCGACCCUUUCGAUCAUUUGCAGUUAGAAAGUGUUAUGUUUGCUU